CGAUACACUUCCAUGGUCUACUGUUGUGUUUUGGUUUGAUCAAGUUUUUUGAUUGAAAUUUCGUCCAUCUAUUUUUAGUGAUUUUGCGUUUAUUUACCCUGAAAAUUUAAAAUUACUGUCUUCCUUACAAAAUGAUAUGAGAUAAUUUUCAGAUAUUAACGUCUUCCUGAGAGAAUGAUAUGAAAUGAUUGUAUCUGAAAAAGUUUCGAGGGAAUAGUAUAAAAGAGGGUUAAGAUUAGAAAUUCCCAUAAUUUUCCAUGAUGGCUGGAGGUUGCAAAGUUGGAUUAAUGCAUUAUGUCUGUUUAGGGUAUUCACUAUUCAGAUAGAAAUCCGACGGAUCUGUUUACAGCAAUCUCUUUAAGGCACUCUGCCUUUUGCAUUGCUUCUGGUUUCCUACAGUUUCCGCAAUGCCAUCUGUUAUGGGUUUUGAUUUGUUUUCACGUGCAUGAUUUUUCUGGCUUGUAAGGGACAUCAAUAGCCUCUUAGAGUAGGCUAAUAUUGUAUGUUAUCAGUUUUAGUUUUUGGCUUUUGUAUUUCAGGUUUCGAGUUCUUUGCUUUGUCCUGUUUGAGUGGUUUCGUUUAAAAGACUACAUGUCCUUGAAUUUUUGUUUUCCAGUUGGUUGUCUUGGUUUAUUUUUUCUGUUAACUAUCUCACUGAAAAUGAAUCUCUCUUUAUUGAGAAGAUUUUAUAAAUUGGCAUAUUUGAAUUGUAUAUCAUACCACAGAUUUGUAGUGUGGGAUUUCUCUAUUAUCUUUUCAUCGUUUUAGCUCUGUUUGGAUAUUUGGUAAAAUCAGUUUUGAGUCUUAGUAUUCAGUUACAUAAAUUAAAGCCUUUGCAUUUGAGAUUUCUCACAAAAUGUGUUUCUUUUCGCCCAUCUUGGAUUACAGCUUGAAAUGAGGUUUAGUUAUGAUUUUGAGGUUGAAAGUUGCAUCAAGCAGGAAAUCGAAGCUCUUGUAUAUCGUGUUCGCGGCAGAGGAGAAGUUUUCAAAACUUGUCACGUUCAGAGGUUUGAAACUUUUGAGCAAGCAGAAGUGGUGAAAAGGGCUUUAAGGAGAUAUAUUUUCGCAUAUGCUCCUCGCCCGCUGGGUCCCUUUCGAGUGAAAUCAGAAUAUUCUUUGUGUUAUCUUGGUUUAGUCACAGAAGGGUGUCCCUUGAAAACAUCCAUAUCCAAAGGCAAACUCAGUGGACCAAAUACUUUAUUCAUAUCAGAAUAUCAUAAAUCUGUGAUAAGGUGUUUAAUUUCAUCUGCUUUGCUCCUGUUGACAUCACAUGUAAGCUGUCGUUAUGAGCUUGACUAUAUUUUCGUGGAGGAGGUGGAUUAUCUGUAUUCCCAUAACAUUUUUGUCAUUGAUUUGUUGGCUAAGUUCGUGAGAUUUGAUGUACAAGAUAAGUAUCAAAUUGAUGAGCUUAUGAUACGCAUAAAGUUGAAGACUCUUUUGCUGGAGAUCAUGAGUCUAUCUCGUAUUGGGGCUGGUCCAGAAGCAGAAUUUGACCUUUUCUUGAAGACUUUCACUGAUAGUUGUCGAAAUCUGGAAUUAAGUUGUAACCGUAACAUCGAACGAUAUACAACUAGACUUCCUACUGAAUGGUAUUACAAUGUGGUGUUUGCAUCGAAGGUUGAGCGCAUGGAAUUGAUUGAGCGCUUAUAUGAACUCUUUGAUGGAUCUGAAAAAUAUGUUGUUUAUUGUGAGGAGACUAAAGAUGCUUUUGGGAAGGAUUGGGAUAAAAAACUGUUAAGUCUAUAUUAUCAAUUAAUGGCAGAUGAGAGCUGGAAGAGAGAUGGUUCGAACAAUUUUAUAAAGAAAAAAGACAUGUCCUUUUGGGGGGAAAAUGCGGAAGAUGUCGAGAUGAAGCGUUGCAUUGCAAGCAUAAGAGAAAUGUACCGCAGUUUUGUGAACUUUGAAGAACGCCAUGAGGAAACUGAAUUGAAAAGGGUUGACAUGCUUGUGGAGUUCGUGCAUGAAAUAUUCCCAUGUCACAUUGCCGCGUUAGCUCGAGGGGCAUCUAUAAUGAAGUGGCCUUUACCUACUCUGGAUUUUGAAACAUCUGCAAUGCACUGGCCUAUAUCUGGCAGAGUUGAAGCAAGUUUUCUAGUCUAGAUUGAAGAUUCCAAAUUUAAUACGAAAACUUGUGUUGAAUCUGCAGCUAAGUUAUGAUUUGGCUCCUCUCCUUUGUGGAUCUUGAUGUAUUUUGUUAUUCUUCUUCUGCUUCCUAGUUACCUUACGACGCAUUAGCCAUGGCAAACAAUAUUUGAAUCAAGAUGUUUGUGUAUUUUCGCUAGUCAA